GACUAUGGGAAAUACCUUUCCCCUGACCCUUACCAGAACUGCAAGCAAGGUAUAGCGAUUAAAACGGUCACCGGUCUGAGAGAUAGUACGGGAUCUCUGACGAAAUCCAGGUCAGGGAUCUUGGAGGUCUCAAGGGCAUUCUUUGAAGAUCUCUUGGGGGAGAAGCACCUCGACCAGGCAAGGAUGUCAAGCUUUUUGGAGUCUACGCCAGGACGAGUCUGGAAAACAACAUUCCACCCACAAGUUUGACAGGUAGUCAAAGCCAUAGAUAGUCUGGCCAUCAGGAAGACGCCUGGGCCAGAUGGCUUGA